GGUCAUGAGCGGGAGAGUUUGAGUUGGCACACGUUUUGUUUAUGAGGAAAAGAUCAUUCCAAUUAACGACUGAAGUAAUUAGGACAUAUUUAAAAUAAAAGGAGAAAUACCUCAAACACAAAAUAAAAACGCUGUUUUGGAAACUUCCACCUAAAUAUUGUCAGUAAUUGGCUCGUGUGUUUAUAGCUUCCGUUAAUUACGCACAUAAAUAGUCCACAAAGGAGAUAGCUUUAAAUUUUGACACGGUUCUCGUCAUUGCCGGAAGUUUUUCAAGGGAUGGAUGCGUUUCUGUGGAGCUCCACGCAUAAUUAGCUUCUUCUAUUUUCAGACUCCGGGUGUUUCCAUCACUCUCCUUCGGGGCAAACCGCAUACUUCAACAAUAAAGCCGCAAAAUACCGAUAUAAUCCAAAUAACUUUGAAAUCUUCUCAAAUAGUUUUAUUGUCAUUAAACUUUGAAAUAAAUAAAUCAUGAUAAGGAAUGCGUCUUAAGCGUUAAUCUAAAAAAAUAUAGGAUUAUUUUGGUCUAAUAAUCCAUCUUGAAGCGUUUCCAUUUCUUGCGCCGUGAAAGAACGCACAGCAAAGCGAUGUAUGCGUUAAGGUUUUUGCUACUUACCCUUGUUGUCCAAAAGAGGAGGGCAGAAAAAGUCAAGCCUGAGCGCACAAAUCAAAGAGAACGACAGUAUUUAGCUUAUGAAAAUAUCAUUCUUCUGCUGCAGAGUCUGCCGGGUUUGCUGUGUUUACAGAGCGCAGGAGAGACUUGGGAGACGCUGAAUGCCUUUUCCCUCUCUACGCACAGCCCUGCUGCUCCUUCCCGGGGUAUUGCGCGUUGAAAUGUCCACACAGCCGUUUGUCAAACCCUGCAGUCCUGCACUUCCCACCCUCCCCUUCAUGCCAACAAACAUAACUGUUGUCAGGUUUUCAUUUAUUAACUCCUUUUCCUUUUAAAAAAAAGAAAAAAAGCCCUUAUUGUAAUCGACCCUGAACGCUGCUUAGUAUUUUGAUUGUUGGAAGAGUUUAUUGACCUUCCAACAGUAGCCACAGCCCAUCUCCCCGUGCGUGUGUCUGCCUUAAUCCUAACCUGUGAAUAAUUAAUUUCCACCAUAAAAAAUGUCACGGAGCCACAAAUGGAGCCUUUAUGUAAGAGCCUAUCAAUACGGCCAUGAUGGCAUAUUAUCACCGAAAGAGCUAAAUAUUAAAGGGGGGGUGGAUGACCUGGUUCUGUUUCGUGCGUAAAAGUGCACGGGGCUCCAAAAAAGAACUUCAUUGCAAUCGAUGGCCGGAGCUUUGCUCCUCCUCUAAACUUCAAUCUGCUCACAUGAUUGAUGAUCUCGGGGAGCUUUGAUAAUUGACUGCUCUGAGGUAAGGCGCGGGCUUCGAUCAAGACGCGGAUUGGACGAAAGAUACAUGCGAAAUGACUUUCCCCACAAAAGCUUUUUUUUCCUUUUGGAAAAGUUCAUUUGGGGCUUAGAGGGGUGCUGAGUGCCGUUUAAUUUGCUAAACAGAGCAGAGUCAUAAUUAGCAGCGAGAUUAGGAGGUAUUACUGUGAUAUUAAGUAUGCACGUCGGCUGAUAACCACAAAACAGAUAAAAAGACUCUUCCCGUGGAGGCAGAAAUUGUGUGGGAGUUGUGUUGCUGUAGCUUUUUUACCCCCAGUGUGGAGUUGAAGCCGUCCCUGCGCCUCGCACAUACUCUGCAUAUCACAAGAUUUGGUCUAUCCUCUCUCUUCUCUGGAGCUGCUGUAGGACUGGCUAUGGCCACCACUACUUCCGGGAUCCGUCACUUCAUUCGCCCACCGCUCAGCGCUGCGAACUGACUCUGUUUCUAUAAGCAAGCUAGCAGCCAACCUGCCAACACUCGCUGACACUCACUCAUCUCAGUCUCGCCAGAUAGACGAAAUACCUACGGGGGGAAGAAAGGAGAGAUCCGAAUCGCCAUCUCCUCAUUUCUACUGCUUUCUUCUACUUUUUUUACGGCGAUAAUAAAACAAGAUAGCGAUCUGGAGGCAUUAAAGGAGACGCGGACUUGCGGGAUGAAAUCGGACUAAAAAGAUUCGUCCUUCUCUUGAACAUCAUCACCGACCGUCAUUCAUUCAUUACCUUGACAACCUCUGGCUUUGAUUGACAGCUGGAGUGGCAAAAAGCCAUGAGACACGACAGUUUAGUUACAUGCAGGUUGUUGAUGGGCCGAUUGUAACCUUCACGUUGGCGCAUUUUUUUUCCUUUUCUUUUUUUUCCGAGGAAAGAGAGUAAAACAAGAAAAUUUGCAAAACUCUUCGAUGCUACGAACCCAACUGAGCCGCAGAGGCGAAUAGGAGAAUUCGCAAAGUUGGUCGAGAAGGAAUCUUGCCUCUAAAUCACUCUCUAACUGGGACUGGGAUAUUAAAUAUACGGACAUAUUCGGGAGUUUAUUGGAGCGCAGCCUGAUGGCGCAAAGGUACGAUGAGCUGGCUCACUACGGUGGGAUGGAUGGAGUCCCGACGCCGAUGUACGGGGACCCGCACGCGCCCCGACCGCUUCCCCAGGUCCACCACCUGAACCACGGACCGCCGCUGCACGCCAGCCAGCACUACGGAGCCCACGCUCCACACCCGAACGUUAUGCCCACCAGCAUGGGCUCUGCUGUCAACGACGUUUUAAAGAGGGAUAAAGAUCAAAUUUAUGGUCACCCUUUAUUCCCACUGCUCGCACUGGUUUUUGAGAAGUGCGAGUUGGCGACGUGUACUCCGAGGGAGCCGGGCGUAGCAGGCGGCGACGUCUGCUCCUCAGACUCCUUCAAUGAAGACAUUGCAGUCUUUGCCAAACAGGUUCGAGCAGAAAAACCUUUAUUUUCAUCAAAUCCAGAGUUGGACAAUUUGAUGAUACAAGCCAUACAAGUAUUAAGGUUUCACCUCUUGGAACUAGAAAAGGUGCACGAGCUUUGCGACAAUUUUUGCCACCGGUACAUCAGCUGUUUGAAAGGAAAAAUGCCAAUAGAUCUAGUUAUUGAUGAACGGGAUGGCAGCUCAAAGUCAGACCAUGAAGAACUUUCGGGAUCAUCGACUAACCUCGCAGAUCACAACCCAGCUUCCUGGAGAGACCACGAUGACGCCACUUCCACACACUCAGCCGGCACACCAGGGCCUUCCAGCGGGGGACACGCUUCACAGAGCGGCGACAACAGCAGCGAACAAGGAGAUGGCUUAGACAACAGCGUGGCAUCGCCUGGCACAGGAGACGACGAUGAUCCGGACAAGGAUAAGAAGAGGCAGAAAAAGCGGGGCAUAUUCCCAAAGGUGGCCACAAACAUCAUGAGGGCGUGGCUGUUCCAGCAUCUCACGCACCCAUACCCCUCUGAAGAGCAGAAGAAGCAGCUAGCCCAAGACACGGGCCUCACCAUCUUACAAGUAAACAACUGGUUUAUUAACGCCAGGAGAAGAAUAGUACAACCCAUGAUCGACCAGUCAAAUCGAGCAGGUUUUCUUCUUGAUCCUUCAGUGAGCCAAGGAGCAGCGUACAGUCCGGAGGGCCAGCCCAUGGGCAGCUUCGUGCUGGACGGCCAGCAGCACAUGGGGAUCCGACCAGCUGGGCCUAUGAGUGGAAUGGGGAUGAAUAUGGGCAUGGAUGGGCAAUGGCACUACAUGUAACCUCCAUCUUGUAACGCAAAGAAAAAGGGGGAAGUCUGCCAGGCAUGCCAGGGGAGUAUGUACCUCAGAGCAGUCCUAUCGGCAUGACCAUGGCCCCACACGCCUACGCCAACCCUCAUCCGAUGACCUCUCACCCCGCCCACCUUCGACACGGACCCCCACUCCGUGGGUACCUACCAGACCACGCCCACCACCCUCACCACGCCAUGCUGAUGCACGGAGGACCCUCGUCACACCCGGGAAUGCCCAUGCCUGCACAGAGGCCCCCUUUGCUCACCCCCAUUGACCCCACUUCUGGAGGACAAGGCAUGGACAUCCAUGCCCAAUAGAAUAAGGGAACUCUGUUACCACAACAGGAGCUACAACCACAAAAAAAAUCCAACCACAAAUCCUAUUUUGAGACUAUUUUUCAGAAUCAAAGCAAAACCCUUUUGACCAGAAUUUGACACUUAAAGAAGCAGAAUUCCAGACGAGCUGUGAUACUUUUUUUUAAAAAAAAAGAAAAACUUGUCAAUUUUGUUACUUUCAUCCAAAAGAAGGACCAAGCUGGCAGGAACACUUUGUAAAGUCUUCAGCUUUUGGUAAAGAGCAUCAAAAAGAUGUGUGCGAGGAAUGGACACACACUGACAACACACACAAUCGUAAACAGUACACUUUUGUGUGACACAAUACUAUCACUCCGGAAGAUAAAAAAAAAAGAAAAAAGAAACAACGGAAAGACUCCAAGAGUUAUAACUACUGUAGUAUAAAAAGUAUAGAUAAAUAAGUUAAAACUUGUGCUUUUUUUUUGUUUUGUUGAUCACAUGGUUUAUGUUUCCUGAGCUAGUUUUAGAACGAAAGGUCAACCUUUUUUUCUCUUUCACACUGUGUGUGCUCCUUCCUAGAGGAGAAACUGUCAGCACAGCACUAGAAAACGAAACACAAAAUAAGAAGAUCUCAAAAAAAAAAAGGCUUCAAACCACAACCAGGCCCCGCCCCUCCUAAGAACAGGGGCAUGAUGGGAAAAAGGCUGCUAAAAAUGACACCGGAUCUCUCCAGAAGAUUCAGUUUGAACAUUUUUCAUGCCCUUCUGUUUUUUCCCUCCCCUUUUGAUUCAUCAAUGAAUGUUCGCCCCGUAAAGGAAAAAAACAAAAAACAAAAAAAAAAAAGUUCUUUGUUUGAAUCGCCCAAGCACUGGAUUGUGUUGGUUUUCUACAUUUUUAUUUUAAUAUAUUUUUUGUACCCUCGGACUCUCGCUGGGAAGAGCCUAUCGAAGGACGUUUGGUGGAACGGAAACAUCCCGCAUCGCUUCUUGGUUUUCAACACGCCUGCCAUGAGGACAGUACAGUACUGACACAAACGCUGUGGCACUGGAGGAGCAUUUUGAACCGUGGAUGCACCAACCGGAAACCGGAAAAGAAAAAAAAAAAAACUUAAAUUAUGAACUCAAUGCUUUUGGGAGAAAAAAAAAGCUGAGAGAAUAUUGUAACAAACUUCGUACAGAGUUCAGUCUAUUAAUUGUUUCAUGUUAGAUAUUCUAUGUGUUUACCUCAAUUGAAAAAGAAUGUUUUUGCUAGUUUCAGAUCUGCUGUGGCAUUGAUAUUGUAUGUCCAUGAAUUCCUUCCUUUUUCAGCACGUGUUCCUCACUAGAUGAUAAGAUGCCGUCUCCCUUAAGCUUUGUCAAAAAUACAUUAAAUACUUGUAUGAGGACUGUGACGUAAUGUUUAAAAGGUGUUCAGUCACAAAAUGCUGUAAUAAAUAUUUCAUUUUUGAUUUUUGUUA